GCGUGGACGCUCAGUGAAGAGCUGGAGGCUGACUCUUGUUGUGGACACAUGGUGGAAACGCUGGAUUGUGGUUCCCGUCAGCAAAGAUGAGGAACGACACCACUUUGAUUGGGACAACACAUCCGUCCUAGGACAAGCCAAAGUGGGACAUAACACCAGCGCUUCACCGGAGGCUCACUGAUGAUGUUACCUAGAAUGGUGAUGAAACGUCUGAAAACGAACCUUCCAGCUCAGCAAGCAAACUUACAUCCAGAACCUCAACCUGAAAGGGAAUUUCCAUUUACAACUAUGCAAGCAAGUGAUCUGGUGACACACCUGCGCAUCCCAGAACUUUGGGAAGUCCGGCAGUUCGUUCGCUCUCUUCCACCAUCGGCUCUAAUAGGCAUUGGCACCAUUGCAGCGCUUAUAGCAUACUGGUAUGCCACAAGACCAAAGCCACAGAAACCCCCAUGUGACCUGACUAUGCAGUCUGUUGAAGUGGAGAGUGCUGAAUUUGCUCGGAAAAGUGUACUACUUAAACAGAGAGAUAUGAUAACUUCGUACUAUGUGGAUGUAAAAACGUUAUAUGAUGUGAUGCAAAGGGGUUUAAUUGUAUCAAAUAAUGGUCCUUGUUUGGGGUCCAGGAGCCCAAAUCAACCUUAUCAGUGGAUAGCCUACCGAGAAGUUAUAUCCAGAGCAGAACAUGUGGGUUCAGGGUUAUUCACACGAGGGUACAGACCAGGGAAUAAUCAAUUUAUAGGAAUAUUUGCGCAAAACAGACCAGAAUGGGUUAUUAUUGAACAGGCCUGUUAUACUUACUCCAUGGUGAUGGUGCCAUUAUAUGAUACAUUGGGGGAUGAAGCCAUUUCCUACAUCUUAAACAAAGCGGAUAUUGCAGUUGUAUUCUGUGACACACAAGCCAGAGCAGAAGCUGUAUUAUACGGUGUGGAAAGUAAGCAAACACCAGAUGUUAAGACCAUCAUUAUUAUGGAUCCUUUUGGAGCUGAGCUGAAGCAAAGAGGAAUUCAGAGUGGAGUCGAAAUUGUAUCCUUGAAGACAAUAGAGUAUGCUGGAAGAGACCAGAAAUGGAAACCAAAACCACCUCAACCUGGCGACUUGGCUGUUAUUUGUUUUACAAGUGGAACCACAGGAAAUCCUAAAGGAGCAAUGCUGACGCAUAGAAACAUCAUAGCUAAUUUCUCCGCAUUUGUGCAAGUCACAGAGAAUGUGAACGUCCCAACUCCAGAUGAUACUCUAAUAUCUUUCCUGCCUCUGGGUCAUAUGUUUGAAAGAUUGGUGGAGAUUGUGGUUCUAUGCCAUGGUGCACGAAUUGGCUUCUUUCAGGGAGACAUCAGACUGCUAAUGGAUGACAUCAAAGUUUUGCGGCCAACUAUUUUUCCUGUUGUUCCCCGUCUGCUGAAUAGGAUGUAUGAUAAGAUCCACAGCCAGGCCAGCAGCUUUAUAAAAAGGUGGAUAUUGCAAUUAGCAACUUGGAGAAAAACAGCAGAGCUUCGAAAAGGCAUAAUGCGACGCAACAGCAUAUGGGAUACAUUGGUCUUCCGUAAAAUACAGGACAGUCUUGGAGGCCGGGUAAGAUUAAUGGUAACUGGUGCGGCUCCCGUGUCCGAGACCGUGCUUACCUUCAUCAGGGCUGCUGUAGGUUGCCAGUUUUAUGAGGGAUAUGGACAAACUGAGUGCACAGCAGGAUGUUCAAUGACCAUUCCUGGAGAUUGGUCAGCAGGACAUGUUGGAGCUCCAAUGCCUUGUAAUCUGAUUAAACUUGUUGAUGUAGAAGAAAUGAACUAUUUUGCAAGAGAAGGGGAGGGUGAGAUUUGUGUAAAAGGGACAAAUGUUUUCCGUGGUUACUUAAAAGACUCUGAGAAAACAGCAGAAGCUCUGGAUAACCAUGGCUGGUUGCACACAGGGGAUAUAGGAAAGUGGCUGCCAAAUGGCACUCUGAAGAUAAUCGACCGAAAGAAGCACAUCUUCAAACUGGCACAGGGCGAGUACAUUGCACCAGAGAAAAUUGAGAACAUCUACGUGCGAAGUGAGCCUGUGGCUCAGGUGUUUGUCCACGGUGACAGUCUGCAGGCCUUUCUGGUGGGAAUUGUAGUUCCUGAUCCCGAAGUGUUACCUGCAUGGGCACAAAAGAGAAAUAUUACAGGGACAUUUGAGGAAUUGUGUAAAAACAAGGUUUUAAAAGAUGCUAUUUUAGCAGAUUUAACACGAAUUGGAAAGGAAGCUGGACUCAAGUCAUUUGAACAAGUGAAAGAUAUCAUUCUGUAUCCUGAGAUGUUUACUGUUCAAAAUGGCCUUCUGACUCCAACAUUCAAGGCAAAGAGGCCUCAGCUGAAAAUUUUCUUUCGUUCACAAAUUGCUGAACUUUACAAAAACGUCACUGUAUAAACAAACACAUUUUCUGAAGUAAAUUUAGUUAAUGGCCUUGUUGAUUUAAUAAUGGUAAACUGUUAACAGACGCUUUGCAAUGAUCUCCGACAAGAGUAUAUAUAAUAUAUAUUCAUAUUUUGUACAAGCCUUGUGAGCCAAAAAUAUCAGAGCAGAUCACUGUUUAAAUAUAUGGAUUUCCAAAAUGCCUUAUAUUUGGAACAUUCAUCUCUAUCAUGGGGGAAUGGAAUAGCAAACUUGAAAUGAAAUGGAAGCACAAAUUAAGUUGCACAUGAAUGGAAGAUGUACAGUUGUCUCAAAUGCACUAUUGAAUAACAUUCUUUUUAUAUCAAUGUACACAGCAACUGUUGCACAAAUAUCUAAAAAUGAAAUGAAGAGCAACACUAAACGUUUUAACAAAAUUACAUCUUUAAUUUAUGAUAUCUCCCGAAGAUUUAAUAUUUGAUGUAUAAGGGAAAAGGCUCGGCAUUGUAAAUGAUUUUUGUACACAGAACAAAAACAGAAUUUGCGAAAUUGUCAGUAAAACUAAAAUAAAAGUAUGUUUUAUGUAUUUCUGUUCAUCACUCAGUUGUAUGCAUUGAUGACAGAAAAUUACUUGCUGUGCUUAAAGGUAUAUAUUGUCACCUCAUGAAGAAUAUUAUAUGACUACUCCGAACUUCCACUGCCCACUGACUGGUACUUUGUGAUCCAGACAGCAAAACCUGUUUCUACAGUAUUUGUAGCCAGUUCUACUGUAGUUGGCAUCCUUUGCAUUCUCAACCAUCUUGCAAUCUUUGAGUGGAGGACUUGCAAAGAACAAUCAUAACUCAGUCCAGAAGUGAUUCUUCCAACCAGUUUGGGAGCACGCAGUAUAUUGUGCGGCACUGGCGCACUCAGAGGUUUGAGAAUCAGGUAAUAUUAACAGGCUUGCUGACUGCAUAAUUAUUUUUCCAAUAGAAAUUGGCCUUUAUUCAUGAAAGCUGAUACUUUCACAUUACUGGGAAAAGAUUCAAUGAAAUCCAAUAUUAACCUUAUGUACUUUGCUAUAAGCUGGAAGACCCUGCUUUAGUAAAUGCAGAUUACUUUUUAUGUAUUCUUGUGCCUUCACAAUGGGAUAAGAACCAUGCAUAUGUGUUCUGAAGUCAAGCAAUGAGUGUUCAUUAAUAUUUUAUCAAUCCAGUACACCCCACCUUGGUAUACUUUUUUGUAAGUGAAACAUUAAUUAUAUAAGGAAGCAAAUGGUAUACAUAGGAUACUUGGUGAAUGCAUGGUGUUCAUGGACCAUGAUGACUUAGAUUUGUCUUAUUGAAUCAUCCAUUAUAGGAUGGGUGUAGGAUACUGAUUGUGGAUGAUCAGCCAUGAUCAUAAUGAAUGGUGGUGCUGGCUUGAAGGGCGGAAUGGC